GGCUGCGAAUUGAGGAUGGGACGUUCUCGCGUUCGAAGAGGGAAACGGGCGCGAAGAACGCCGGCCGCCCGUGGCCUCAACCGGCCGCGGGCCGCCGCGGAGUCCCCCGACGGGCCGCCCCGCGGCCAGCACGAGGCGCCGAGCCCGUUUUUAGAUUUUAAUCAAGAAAAUGAUUUGCUGUGGGAAGAGAAGUUUCCUGAAAGAACAGGCGUUACUGAAUUAUUCCAGACUUCACACGUAUCAUUAUCCGAAUCUGAUAUUCCAUCCUCAGAAAGUACUGAGUUACCUGUGGACUGGAGUAUUAAAACUCGACUCCUUUUUACCUCUUCUCAACCUUUUACCUGGGCAGAUCAUUUGAAAGCACAGGAAGAAGCUCAAGGUGUCAUCCAGCAUUGUAGGGCAACAGAAAUUACUUUGCCUCAAAGUCUACAGGAUCCCAGACUCUCCACUGAGCUUCGUUGUGCCUUCCAGCAGAGCCUUAUCUAUUGGCUCCAUCCUGCUUUUCCUUGGCUAUCACUGUUCCCUCGUAUUGGAGCUGAUAGAAAAAUAGCUGGAAAGACAAGCCCUUGGUCAAAUGAUGAAACCCUGCAACACAUUUUAAUGAGCGACUGGUCUGUGAGCUUCACCUCUCUAUAUAAUCUACUGAAGACAAAACUUUGCCCCUAUUUCUACGUUUGUACCUAUCAGUUUACUAUCCUGUUCCGUGCAGCAGGAUUAGCAGGAAAUGAUGUAAUCACGGCUCUCAUGUCUCCUACAACUCGAGGAAUAAGAGAAGCUAUGAAAAAUGAAGGUAUUGAAUUUUCUCUGCCUUUGAUAAAAGAAAAUGGCCAUGAGAAGAAGAAAGCAUCUGGGACAAGUUUGGGACAUGCGGAGGAGCAAGCAAUCAGUGAUGAGGAUGAAGAAGAAAGUUUGUCUUGGCUGAAAGAGAUGGGUGUGCAAGAUAAAAUUAAAAAACCGGACAUGCUCUCUAUCAAGCUACGUAAAGAGAAACAUGAAGUACAAAUGGAUCACAGACCUGAGUCUGUUGUGUUGGUGAAGGGAACAAACACCUUUACACUGCUAAAUUUUUUGAUCAACUGUAAGAGUUUAAUUGCUACUUCAGGUCCACAGGCAGGACUUCCACCAACCCUCUUAUCCCCAAUAGCUUUCCGAGGUGCCACAAUGCAAAUGCUUAAGGCACGAAGUGUAAAUGUGAAAACACAAGCUCUUUCUGGAUACAAAGAUCAAUUUAGUUUGGAGAUUAAAGGUCCCAUCAUGCCUCAUUCUCUACAUUCUAUAACCAUGCUACUCAAAUCUUCACAGAGCGGGUCAUUUUCUGCAGGACUGUAUACACAUGAACCAACUGUUGUAUUUAAUAUCUGCCCAUCAGUGGAUAAAGUAUUGAAUAAGGAGACUAUUCGUGAAGAACUUGCUAACUGUGGGUUGCAUCCUAAGACUCUGGACCAACUUAGUCAAACACCAAUACUGGGCAAAUCAUCUUUACGGAACGUGGAAAUGAGUGACUACAUUUAUAAUUGGAGAUCCUGAACACCAAAGUAAGCCUAAAAGGAAUCUUUGAGGAAAAAAGCCUUCUAACAAAGAAAUUGAAGAUUAUACCUUUGGCUUUAAAGUUCAUAUUGGAAUUUGAAAGGAAUAUAACUUUAAAAUAUUCAAAUGUUUAUAAACAUUAACCUUUUACGGUAACAUUUUUACAUGCAUUUGGCAGGUUUUAAAUCAACUUUUAUUAGAUAAUCAUAUAUUAAAACUCACUUUUAAAAUACCUCAAAUAAAUUGAAUGGGAAUUCUAGAUCCCUGUCAUCAAACUACAAACAAUAGAAAAUUGAUGUUUUUCCUUGCAAAUAGGAAAUUGAGGCUAACUAUCAAUUCAUUCAUGGCACUGUGACUAAUGGAAUCAGGGCAAAACUGUAACAAUUUACCUAGGAUUAUUAGGCAGGUUCUAGUUUAUAAGGAUAGGAAAAAAAUAUAGACAGUAUCUACUGAGCUGACUGUUGAUGCUUCUACCUUAGUUGCUUUCCUACUGAUUUACAAUUCCUCUACUUUCAAAUAUAUAUGUAUGUUUUUAAUGCAUGUUCAUUCAGGUAAGGGCAUUUUGUAUUCCAUGUAGAAUAUUGUUGAGUUGUAAAGUAUGUUCAGCUGUCAUGGUAGUAUUUUAAUGUGAGAUAAUCUAUGUGUGUGUGUAUGUAUGUAUGUAUGUAUGUGUGUGUGUAUGUGUGUGUGUGUGUGUGAUUCAAAUUUUCUUAAAUAAAAGUGUUUAGAAAUCAAAAGCACUGGGUAAAGAAAUAAUAGUAUUUAGUGAAGUAGUAUGUGUUCACUUUAUAAUCCAGAAAAUAAAACACCACAUUUAUUCCA